UCCCAAUACUCUUGUAUCCAAAUCUCUGUUCAUUAGAUCAAUCGACUGAAAAUAUCUUAAAUAGAGCGAUCAAAUGGAUUCUUUUCCAAGUACGAAAAGUAUACAUAAAGGGUCGAUCCAGUAGCAAAGUAGUGGAAGAUUUUCAAGUAGUCACAUAGGCGAAGGUGAUGAACACAACAUUUCCCAAAACGAGAAAGAAACCUUAAUUUUUCUGUGUAAAAUUAGCGACUUAAUUGGUGAAGAAGCCUAUAUUUUCAGAACACUGUUACUGUCUUGUCUUCAAAUAUAUAUAUAUCCCUUUUCCAAACCACCCCAAGAUCUAUCCCUCUUCGUAUUCUUUCAUCCUUGUGUCACAGUUUCUUUACCCUAUGUUUACUUACAUAGACAGAGACUUGGGAUUCUGAUAUAAACUGAUGGCACUCUCAAGAAACUACAAGCUAGCUCUCAGUUUUGCUGUCACUGCAGCUACCCUUUUCUUUUCUCUCUCGUUACUCAUUCCCAAAUCAGUUGGGAUUGGGCCAUCGAGCUACAGUGCAACCGAGGAGCUAAGGAAAAUGGUUUUGGGAUCAAGACCGCCGGGUUGCGUGAACAAAUGCAUGAAUUGCAGGCCAUGUGAGGCCACAGUAGUGAUUCCUCCCCACCGGAAAAAGGUCUAUGAGAAAUCAUCAAAUAGAGAAGAUGACACUUACUAUCUUCUCUCAUGGAAAUGCAGGUGCUGAGCUAAGCUGUAUCAACCUUGAAAUUAAUCUAUUAUAACAACAAAUUAAUAUAAUAAUUAGCUUAAUAUUGUUGAUUUCUCAUUGCCAUUUAA